AUGUACAAAAUGCACACAUAUUAUAUAUAUAGUUAAAUUUACAUUAGGUCAGUUUUGAGGGUUUUAACAUAAUAAUAAUAAUAAAAUAUUAAAUAAAUAAAUAAACAAAAAGAAGAAGAAAUAGUAUAUUACAGUCUUUGGAUUUACUCGAGGUUUACAUGCUCAUAGUGUAAGCUUAAAGCUUAACUAAUAUAAUAAUAUUUUUAUAUGAUUUGCAGAAGAGGAUAAGAGGUUACUCUGGGAGAUUCUAAAUGAGCCCUCCCUAGAAACCAAUCAACCUCAGGCCACAAGUAGUCCGGCGGAGAGCAUAGGAGAAGUGGUAAGUCUCCAAAUACUUUCCCUUUCUUUCUUUUUUUUCUUUUUUUCUCAUUUGACUUGUGUGUUCCUAUAUGUAGUGUGUAUAUAUAUGAAUUCUCAAGUCAGGACCGUCUGAUUUUGGAUUAUCCCAAUUGAUUUCGAGUUUUUAAAAAUAUUCAGGAACCGGUCCAUUUAGCGACUGUAUCUUGUGCAGAAGUACAGUCUGCUUAUCCACCAAAUCCAUAUCUCCCAUCAAAUACUACUGGCCAAUCAACAUCUCCACCAGCUGCUUCCUUUUCAUCCUCCAUUCCUCAUCAAAAGCACAUUAGCGGGUUCGAACCGAUAAACGUGCUGAUGUCGGAUUUCAUGACCCUUAACCAUGCAAUUCAUCUGGAUUACCAACCGGCUCAAUUGAUGAGGUUUUUGGCUGAGCAAUCUUGGAGAGCUUCAGGAGUAGUACCACAUCAGACUUGGUUUGCAGCCGGGACGGAAUAUCCCAAUCAAUUGUUCCCGAGAUUGGGAUUUGCGAACGUGACCUGCAAUUUGGUUGCCUCUUCAGUGUCUCAAAUGGCAACCAACUUCAACAGCAAUAUCUCUCUGCCUGCUGGAGUUCUUUAUCCUGCAUACACUGGAUUGAGAGGACAGUAUUCGACCUUGCUGCCAACAAGAUCAGAGACAUUACUUAUGGGGAAACCAAGAAGUGCACAAACGAUAUCAUCUUCUUGUUCAUUGAGAGUUUCCUCAACUAGUUCUUCUGGUUUUGCCAAUGCGAUUCCGGGGGUUGGAGGGUCCUCAUCUGGCAAUAACAAUAUCGGUUACGAUUCACAACCACGAUCUGUUCCAAGCCUGAUUGAUGAUGUUAGAAGCCAAUUGGAUGAAUCACAAGCGCAUGGUGUUGCAGAUGGUAGCUCUUCAGCAAGAGGAGAGAUGAGUGAUCCUAACCCAAUCCAGUCGAGCUCCUCUCCAGAAGGAGUGAGUCCUGAAAUGGAUGGUGGUUUGGGGCCAAUUGCUGCUAACUAUCUUGACUAUGAAAAUGAGAGAUAUGAGUUAGCUUGGGAGGGAACAAUAUCUGCACAGUAUCAAGAACAACAAAUUCUAGUCAGUAGCGCAAGGGCUUACAAGAAAAUUACAGCUCCAGCAAUGUAUGUUUAAAUUAAUCCAUUUUAGUCAAUAUUCAUUCUAUAUAUAUUCAAUAUUGAUAUCUUUAUACAAAAGAUUGAUAUUGUUUCCUCACUUUAUCUAUCUCUCUCUUUAAAUGUAUCUAGUCUUGCUGCGCUGUGGCCACAGAAGUUGCAGAUGGGUCAUGUAUUAUCAAAUUUCCGACUCAAAAGAGCGUAAGUAUAAUUACAGGAUUAGCACAUCUACUAAUCAAUAUAAAAAACAAUCUCAUCCAUUUGAUAAGUAUAUGCUUAUACAAUAUUUCUCGUACUAUUAUUUUCUUUUGUUUUUGCAACAGGACAUCUCAAGCAGAGUUCUGCGAGAAUAUGAUCAUUGAUGUUACGGCUCAACACAUAGUAUAUGAGCAACUCAGAAAAAGAGAACUUGUUAGUACAUAUAAAUAUAUGUAUAUAUAUAUAUUCUAUGUCACUCUCUAUGAUCUAAAAAGUAACAUAAUACGGCUCUUUUUAUGUUAAUUUUUACACAGUGUGUUCGAAUCGAUUUGCCUUCCCAGACAUUGAUCUUUCAACCAACAAGUAAUGAUCUCCGCUUCAUCGGUACCCUUUUUAGUGGGGUGAGUCCUAUUUAUGCUUUAAUAUAAAUUCCAUGAUGCUUUACAAGGCACCUAUAUUAAUUAAUAAAAUUUUAAGGACUAAACAUGGAAAUAUAAAUCUGCAGGAACUUCCUACAUUCAGCAAUUUUGAUACAUCCUUGAAUUUGCUUCCCGAGCAGCCGCGCAAUUAACACGGUAAAACUCGAGAAGUUGCAUGAACAUAGGGGUUUUAGUUUUGUGGAUACUCAACAAGCUAGUCCUAGACAAGCCUUUGCCAAGAAGGCUUCGAAGUUUGGCUUUAGUUUUAUGCUUCGUGGGCCUAUGUGUGCUUUCAAUACAAGAACAUGUAAUAUAUCAAUGGAGUCCCUUCUAUGUGAAUUGGCUUUUGGGUCUUUAGGGUUUCAUUUCCAUAUUGCAGAACUAAAUCAUUCAGUUAAAAAUAGGCCAAAAAAAUAAAAAUAAAAACAAAAAAACGAAAAAACAAGAAACAAAAAAAAACAACAAAAAAGAAAAUGGUAGAAAACUAGCAAAUAUAGGUAAUUGCAAAUAAAAUCUUA